GUACAUUUUCAAUCAAAGCCGCAUCAUUUUAGGUCUUUUAGCCUUUCCCAAAGUGAAAUGGCAAUUGUACACAAUUAUUUAACCAUGAUAAUAAGCCUCACAGUCGUAUUCGUCUAUCAUGGUUUUACUACCGGAGAAUACACAACCGCAACUCUGAACAAUCGUCCGAUUAUUGGUAUUAUGUCCCAAGAAACGCAUGGCAAGAUAUAUCCAAAGUUUGGGCAAUCGUACAUCGCUGCGUCUUACGUUAAGUAUUUGGAAUCGUCAGGAGCCCGAGUUGUGCCCAUAAUGAAUGACCUCAGUGAAGAAGAAACAGAGAAACUAUUUAACUCUAUCAAUGGGGUUCUAUUCCCUGGUGGCGGAGUAAACCUCAGUACAUCUGGCUAUGCUAAAAUCGGUCAGCAUGUUGUUGAUUUAGCUAAAGCCGCAUUUAGCAAAGGAGAUUACUUCCCAAUAUGGGCAACUUGUCUUGGUUUUGAAUUUGUAUCCACGUUGAUUAGCGAAGACGUCAACGUUUUAUCCAAAACUGACUCGGAGAAUCUACCAUUACCAUUAAAUUUUUCGCAAGAUUACCGCAAUAGCAAAUUGUUCGGGACAAUACAAGACUCGCUCUCACAUUUUUUCAGCACAGCUUCUACUACAAUGAACAUGCAUAAACGCUCGUUACUGGCUUCAACUUUUGCAAGAAAUCAGAAACUGAGAAGCUUUUUCAAGAUUUUGUCAACAAACAAGGACAGAAAUGGCUUAGAAUUUGUAUCAACAAUAGAGGGGAUCAAAUAUCCUAUCUUUGCAACACAAUGGCAUCCGGAAAAGAACGCAUUUGAGUGGACAGUGAAAGAAGAUAUACCUCACCAAGAUAUGUCCAUAAAGGUCACGCAGUAUAUGUCAAAUUUCUUUGUGGAUCAAGCUCGAUUGAAUCAGCAUAGAUUUUUAUCACCUGAAGGCGAAGCCGCCGCGUUGAUAUAUAAUUUUACACCAAUUUAUACUGGGAAUGUAUCAAAUUUUGAACAGUGUUAUUUUUUUAAAUCCCUGCAGGAUGCCAUAUUUUGAUUUCGCAAGAGGGCAUAAAGAUCAUUCCGGUUAAUAAUUUUAAAAAUUCUCACGUCACGCUAUUUUGGUCCAUGUUCAUCAUCUGACAGCGACGUGACGUUAUAGGACGUUGAUCUAAGAUUAACUGUUUCGUAUAUUAAAUUAGUUGUUUCGUAUAAUAAAACUACGUAUAAUUUGCAAAUAUCGCUAUGCAUAUAUUGCUUGUAAUUCAUUUGGGCGAAUUAAUUAAGUAAUAAACAGACAUAAAUAUGUUUUUUUAAUUUUAAAUUAAGCAUAUACCCAGUCAUAUAGAAAUAAAGGGAUCUGAUAUCAUUAUACAAAUACAGCAGCUUUGGUAUUAAAUAAAAUCUAAGGAUGUGUUUAACAUAUAGACGUGGUAACUUUAUUUUAUAAUUUCCCAGGUUUCUUUAUAUUUUGGAUUUUUAUUAUGGCGUUGUUUAGUAGACGGCCGGCCAAAAUCUGAAAAUGUACACUAAAUUUGUUUGAUGGCAUUUUCUGUUACAAGCUACUUACUGGCAUUUUCUUAGAGUAUAGGCAUUAAUAAAGAAGAAUUUAUGUUGGCAAC